ACAUGGUCUGUAGGCGAAGUGAGUAUUUUGCAAAAUUAUAAUUUAUUUAGAAAAUCUUUCUGGGAAAUCCAGCCAUCAUGAAUUCCCGCAAAAUAACUGUUUUGGUUUCAGAACGUUACUGUCAUUUUGGGAUUUUUGACAAUCUUCCUUAUUUCCGUUAUUUUGAAUAAUUAAUUUGUUUUGAAACGUCUGUGGACUUUGCUGUUGUUGUAUUUCUUAAAUUGAAUAAAAUAGCCAUGAACGUUCUUCACGUAGAAGUUCUACAGAAACGAGAAAGCCGGGCGAGUACAGAGUAUGUGGAGCGAUUAGUGCGGUCAUACUUAUCGAACUUUGCGACUUUGUCGCCGGGCGCGGUGCUGCACGGAGACGAGUUGGACGCUAGCGCGGCAGGCGCUGACGGUGAGGUGUGGCAGCACGCCGCUAGCGUGGCGCUGUGCGACGCCGAACACGAAGCGGGGGACGAGCUGCGCGCAGCCGAUGUAGAGCUGCGCGUGUGCGUGGUGGGCGCCGGCGCAGGCGGCGCACGGGACGCACUGGGCGGCAGCGGAGACGAUGAGCCGGCAGCCGUCGACGUGUGGGCGCUGCCGGCCGCCGACCUGCAUGGCGUAUGGGAGAGCCUCGUGUUCGAGGAUUCGUUGAAGGCGGAUGCGCUGCGGUUUGUGGAGACCGCGUUCGAGUUCGAAGCUCGCGGCGUGGACGCACGCCAGGUGGCGUGGAGUCGUGUGGUGCUGCUGCACGGGCCGCCCGGCACCGGCAAGACGUCGCUGUGCCGCGCGCUCGCGCACAAGCUGGCCGUGCGCCUGGCGCCGCGCUUCCCGCGCGCCCGCCUGCUCGAGAUCAAUGCGCACGGACUGUUUUCCAAAUGGUUCUCGGAAAGCGGCAAGAUAGUCGCGCGUCUAUUCGACCGCAUCCAGGAAAUUUUAGAAGAUCCACGAAUGCUUGUCUGUGUUCUGGUGGAUGAGGUGGAGUCGCUGGCGGCGGCGCGGCGUGCGGCGGCGGCGGGCCUGGAGCCGUCGGACUCGAUCCGCGCCGUCAACGCCGUGCUGGGCGCGCUGGACCGCCUGCGGCGCGCGCCCAACGCGCUGGUGCUGGCCACGUCCAACGUGACGGCCGCCAUCGACUGCGCCUUCCUGGACCGCGCCGACCUGGCCCGCCGCGUGGGCCCGCCGGGCGCCCGCGCCGCGUACGCCGUGCUGCGCGGCGCGCUGGGCGAGCUGAUGGCGCGCGGCGUGGUGGCGCCGCGGGAGCCGCUGUUCGCGGAGCGCGUGCUGGCGGCGGCGGGCUACGCCGAGGGCCGCGGCGCGCGCGCCUCGCUGCGCCUGUGGGCGCUGGCGCGCGACGCGGCGGCCGCGGCCGUGUCGGGCCGCGCGCUGCGCCGCCUGCCCUUCCUGGCGCGGGCGCUGCACGCGCGGGGCGCGCCGCCGCCGCUGCCGGACUUCGUGGAGGCGCUGGGCGAGGCGCUGCGCCAGUACCUGCGCGACCGCGCCGACCUGGCCGUCGACCACUGACUGCCGGGCCGCGCCCUCGUCUUCGCUGUGAUAUCGUUAGAUAAUAAGAUAAACCUGACUCUGAUUUUGCACUCGCCGUGCUGUGUGCGAGAACCUGUGAUUACUUGGAUAAGAAUCUAUAUGUGUAAAUGUAUUAAGUGCUCUUAAGUAAUGUUAUUGUAAGUUUAUUCACGACGACAUGUUUUUAUUUAUUAUAUCCCUUAUUAGAACAA